AUGCUAUGUCGUUCGUCGUCAGCUGAUGCUGAAACUGCACCAAAACCAGAACAAAAAGCAAAACCAUUUACUUUAAAACAAGAAUUUAGUUUACAUAUAUCCACAAGUACAUCUUGCAAAGAUUUUCAAACAUAUUGGGACGAAAAUAAAACUCGUCUUCCAAUUUUAGCGUCUUGUGCACGUCGAUAUAAUUGUGCAUCAACAACAUCAGUUGCUUCUGAAUCAGCUUUUUCAGUUGCAGGUUAUAUUGACAGAAAGCAACGAGCAUCAUUAUCGACAACCACCUUACGAUAUCUGAUGUUAUUAAAACAAUAA